UGCGCGCGUCUCUCUCUCACACACAGCGCAUUCACAACAGGAUAAUGUGAUUACACCUCUAUCAGCUCAGAUCAUGCGCGCGCACUGUUGAGUUGAGCGCUGAUGAUGAAGCGCUGUCUUUACGCGCUUCACCGGGGAGAUGCGAGAAAUUAAUGAUGCAGUUUGUCUCUUAUUGACCGACUAGGAGAAGAGAAGUUAUACUCAGAAGUAGAUGUUUUGAGUGCCUUAAUUUUGUGCGUCUUUUAGUUUUUUUCCACAAAGGUGCAGAUGAUCUGCAUCUUUUAUUUGGCACGUUUUACACCGGAUGCCAUUCCUGAUGCAAUCCUACCCAUUUAUCUGGACUUGAGUGAUUUGAAUUUCAAAUGAGCAUCACUUUUGCUCAGUGCCAAGAUGUUCUCAGUAAUAUGGAAAACAUAAAGUGUCAUCAGCUGUGAGAGAAGAGACAAUGGGGUGUGAAAAUGUGACCAACGGGACGGAGAACGGCAAGCCGCCCUACACCCUAUUGGUGGCCCUGCCACUGAGUGUUCUGGUGGGGCUCCUCAUCCUUCUUAUCAUUUUCGGCAAUGUGCUGGUUAUCAUUGCCGUUUUCACGAGCCGAGCUCUCAGGGCUCCCCAGAACCUGUUCCUGGUCUCACUGGCAUCAGCCGACAUUUUGGUAGCAACUUUUGUGAUGCCUUUUUCUUUAGCCAAUGAGCUGAUGGGUUACUGGACCUUUGGGCAGGUGUGGUGCGAAAUCUACCUCGCCCUGGAUGUUCUCUUUUGCACUGCCUCCAUAACGCACCUGUGCGCCAUCAGUUUGGACAGGUACUGGUCAAUCACACAAGCCAUUGAGUACAACCUCAAGCGCACGCCGCAACGGAUCAAGCGCAUCAUUUUGGGGGUAUGGGUCAUUGCCUCCGUAAUCUCUUUCCCGCCUCUCAUUACCAUGGAGAAGGAAGAAGGCUCCAUCUGCGAUAUUAAUCGAGAAAAAUGGUACAUUAUCUCCUCUUCCAUUGGCUCAUUUUUCCUUCCUUGCAUCAUCAUGGUGCUCGUCUACAUCCGAAUCUAUCAGAUUGCCAAGAAGAGGACCAGAGCGCCCCCUGGGGACCGGAGGAAAAAGGACGUAGGCCUGAAGGAGAAUGAUCAGGGCGAGAAGGACCCUCACAAGAGACUCAACAGGGAUCCCAUCGCUGAGCCUGACGGAGUCGAUGACAAGGGCGAGAUAAACGGAGUGGACAUGGAGGACUCGUCCUCCUCUGACCAUAAGGUCUCCAACCCCUGCUCCCUCAAGAAGAAGAGCUCCAAAGGAAAGACCAAGCUGAGCCAAAUCAAACCAGGAGAUGACAAGCAAGAGGUCUGCCAGAUCACCAAGACCAGCAGGUGGAAGGGCCGUCAGAACCGCGAGAAGCGCUUCACCUUUGUCCUAGCGGUGGUUAUUGGCGUAUUCGUUAUAUGUUGGUUCCCAUUUUUCUUCACGUACACACUGACGGCGUUUUGCAACUGCUGUGUGCCGGUGACACUUUUCAAGUUCUGCUUUUGGUUCGGCUACUGCAACAGCUCCCUCAAUCCCAUUAUAUACACCAUCUUCAAUAAUGACUUCAGAAGGUCCUUUAAAAAGAUCCUCUGCCGGAGAGAUAAUAGGCGAGUGUUGUGAAUGGGAUGCUGGGCUUUUUCUUUGCAUUUUUUAAUGUCGAAACACACUGACCAGGACGGUCCUACCCAGAUCAUGUCACUGUAAUAUAUCACCCGGAGUGUAAGGGAAGUACUUGUGUACAGUAAAUCAACAUGCCAUGUGUAAUUUUACAACAAGAAACUCUCACAUGCUUUGUAUAAGUGUUACAAUGCAACCAUGCAUGGUUAUGCAAUUACAGCACAAUAUGUGGCAGAUUCGUCCAUUUCAGAAAUGUAUUGUUGUGUUGUAGUUCUUAAUAUACUGCAUGUGCUAUAUAUUUAGUAUCUGUGGUAUUUUAUAAUGUGGAGACCAUCAGUAAGCACAUAUACAAUGGCAACACCAUUGAUGUUGCUCAAAAUGUGAAAUACAAUUCAAAAUGUGACCAAGGAGGAAGGACUGUUGUGACUAUCGGCCUUCAAACUUUGUGCUGUGCUGCAAUACUCAUAUGCAGUGUUAAACUAUUUGCUGCAAUGUCGAUUGUCUUCUCAUGUCGCCUCUUUACUUCCCUGACAUAUUGUGUAAUUCAUUAUGAAGGUGUUGCUAUUGUACGGCGGAUGAAUCGUAUUUUAUCCCUGCCAGUAAUGUUUCAUGUAAAAUCUCGAUAUGCACCAUUGGGCAAAAAGAAGUUGAGGUAGUCUGACUGGAACCUGGCGUGUCGGUGUCACAACAAAUUUUUCUGCUUUUGAUGUAAAUUAUAUCUGUCGUUCCAGAUAUAAUGGAUGGAUUUUUGGUCCCAUUCUGAGAUUAUUGCAGUGAUUGCUGGAACUAAUAAACCAAGUGACAAACAGGCCAGUGUUUAUUCCUGAAAGCUACAUUACUAGAUGAGUUUGCACCGGUUUUCCGACGUAU